AUGUCUCAAACUCAAGACGAUGGCGGCGAGCAUUCUCGCUUUGCCCACUUGUCCCAAGCACAUCCAGAAUGGAAUAAAGUGGCUUCUAAGCAGCGGGAACUUGAGCCUCUUGCCCAAAGACUUUAUAGCUUGCCGCUUGAAGAAUUUCGGAAAGUCCCAUAUCGGCCUCCACCACUUCCAGCGAACGCUCCGGUUCCAGGCAUAGAUAUCAUUAUCAGGGAGGACGAAGUCAUUGUAAGAGACGGUGCAAAGGUCAAGGUUCGAAUGUACGAACCUGUCCAUCUAAGCAGCCGCCACCUGUUGUUUUUUAAUAUUCAUGGAGGAGGGUGGACGACUGGCAGCCCCGAGACAGAAGAAGCUCAAAAUCGGCUAAUUGCUGCGAAUUGUUCUGCAGUUGUGUGUAGUGUGGAUUAUCGACGGGCACCAGAGUUUCCGUUCCCUUAUGCCUUGAACGACUCCGUUGAUGCGCUAAAAUGGUGUAAACAACAUGCGGGCCGAUUGGGAAUCAAUCCUGAAAAGAUAAUUGUCGGUGGUGGUAGCGCAGGCGCGAAUGUGUGUGCGGCAGUCGCUCAAAUUUCUUCUCACGAAGGCAUCACGGGGAUCAUCGGGCAGAUCCUCAACAUUCCCGUCACUUGCCACCCAGAUCACUUUCCAAAAUCCAAGUACGAGUAUAGUUCGUACGUGCAGAACGCAAACUCGCCAAUUGUCAGCGCGUCAAUGAUGCGCAUUUUCUGGAAAAACUACCUCCCAAGAGCUCAUCCAGAUCCAAGAACAAGCCCACUCUUAGCACCCUCCUUCAAAGGCCUUCCACCAGCAUUGGUUCAGGUUGCAGGAAUGGACCCACUAAGAGACGAAGGACUCGCAUACGCUGAAGCGAUGAAAGCAGAAGGUGUAAACAUUACAUUGAAGAUAUACCCUGGCAUGCCGCAUGCCUUUUACGUAUAUCCUGAUCUAGAGCCAUCUGUCGAGUACUUUGAAGCCAUGGUGGAUUGGAUUAAUCAGUUCUAA